CCCAAUUUUCUUUCCAUGAAAGUUCUGGUCGUGGGGCGCUCCAUCACUGGCCCCUUAUAUAAGACUUGGAAUUUCACUCCAACACCAAUUCAAUCCACACCCAAAAUCUCUCUGCAAGCAAUUCACACCCAUCUUCUUUCAUUUUCAUCUUCAUCAUCAUCAUCAUCAUCAUCUUCUUCCUCUUCUAAUUCCUCUUCUUCUUCCAUGGCUACUUGCGUAGAUUCCUCAACCUCCUCCCCUUUUUCUCGGAAGCCAAACGGGUCCCAAACCGAUGAUUGUUCCUAUAACUACCUCAAAUUCUGCCGACCCACUUUCUCCGAUCGUGUUUCCAUUCCCAAGAACAAACCCCUGCAUACACGCACGGUUAUUGAAGAGUCUGAGCCUAAGGUUGAUGUUGACGAUCGUGUUCAUGAUGAAGAUGAUGAUGAUGAUGAUCUAUGGCGGAAGAUGAAGGAAGAAGCGAAAUCCGAUGUGGAACAAGAACCUAUUUUAUCCAACUACUAUUUCAGUUCAAUCUUGUGCCACAAGUCUUUAGAAAGCGCGUUAUCCAACCAUCUUUCCAACAAAUUAUCCAGCUUGAAUCUCAACAGCACCACUCUCGUUGAUCUCUUCAUGGGGAUCUUGGAAUCCGACGAAGAAAUCAUGGCUUCCAUGAAGGAAGAUCUAAGAGCGGUUAAACAAAGAGACCCUGCUUGCAUAAGCUACGUGCAUUGCUUAUUGAAUUUCAAAGGCUUCUUGGCUUGCCAGGCUCAUAGGAUCGCUCACAAGCUAUGGCUCCAAGGAAGAAAAAUUCUAGCCCUCUUGAUUCAGAACCGUGUAUCCGAGGUUUUCGCGGUAGAUAUUCACCCUGGGGCGAACAUCGGCCGCGGAAUCCUUCUGGAUCACGCGACUGGUCUCGUCAUAGGCGAGACCGCCGUUAUUGGGAACAAUGUGUCCAUUUUACACAACGUCACGUUGGGUGGGACCGGAAAAGCUUCCGGCGACCGGCAUCCGAAGAUCGGUGACGGGGUUUUGAUAGGUGCAGGGACUUGUAUCUUAGGGAAUAUUAAGAUUGGUGAUGGUGCUAAGAUUGGUGCUGGUUCUGUGGUGUUGAAGGAUGUUCCUCCAAGAACAACUGCAGUUGGGAAUCCUGCUAAAUUGAUUGGAGGAAAAGAUAAUCCCAUUAGGCUUGAUAAGAUUCCUAGCUUCACUAUGGACCAUACUUCAUAUAUUUCUGAGUGGUCUGAUUAUGUUAUUUAGAUUAUGAUUUGAUUAUGAUGAUGAUCAUAAUAAUAAUAAUAAUAACCAUCCUAGUUUUAGAUUUUAGGUUUGGGGGGUUUCCUAUUCCUGCAUGCCUUUUGGGUAUUUUGUUAUACAAGAGAGAAUCUAAGUUCUCCUGUUAACAAAUAACAACAUAUAUAUUAUUGUUGAAGAUUGUGCAGAAAAAGAAUAGCUGCUAUGCUGCAACAUGUGUGUAGCAGUUUUAUUUUAUAUGUAUGAUGAUGAUGUAGUACUAGUACUGGUUUUUCUGUUGUUGUAAGGUGCAAUUUGGAACACCCUUUUAUGUAGUAUGUAUGAAUAUGAAUAUGAAUGACUCUGGCUUCCCUUGA